AUGGCAGAGUCUAGGCCUAUGGACACUGACCAGCCCGUGGCGGAGGUAGUCGGCGAGGCGAAACACGCCAUGCUGGCAACCCUCGCCACCUACAUUAAGGGCGACCCAAUAUUUAGCUCAUACGUGCGCUCGAUAUUGGUAGCCAACGAGCCCCGGGCGGUUCCGGACUCACCGGAGUCGCCCGCUUCUCCCGCGUCCUCCAUCGACUCACCUGAGUCACCCGCCUUCUCGGACUCGCCGGAGUCGCCCGCGUUCUCGGACGAACCUAGUCCGCCCGGGAGCCCGGCCGGCGCCGGCGACCCCGACCUCGCCAUGGAUUCCGAUCCAGGCGCACCCCAGCUUUCCGCUGUCCCCGUCGCUUGCGCGUCCAAGCGACCUGUUUCCCCUGCCCCCAGCGAAUCACGGUCUGGGGCCGCGUCGUCGGACCUCGACGACGACGGCUUCACGAUCGUGAGGAGCGGGCGCAGGAAGAAGCAGCGCAGCUCAGACGCCUCCGCCUCUCAAGCGCCCUCUGCGCCACCCGCGCCUUCUACGCCCAAACCCGCGGCCUCCAAGCCCGCGCCCGCUAGCUCGACGAAGUCGUCGCCACCUCAACCUAAGGGGCCUAAAAAUCCCCCAAAGGUCAAUCUCCAACUUCCCGAAGGGGUUCCCCUUCAAUCCUUCUUUGAUGCGCUCACCACUGAGGGCAUUAAAAUCCCUCCUAACGCCUGGAACAGUGGCAAAAAAAUGCUGUCCCUCCAGCCCGGGUCAAUUAGCGACCACCGCGAAUUGACCAAAUUCCUUGAUAGCAAACGCUAUCAUUACUAUACCUUUGCGCUCCUGGAUGAGCGCCGCUACAGGUAUGUCAUCCGCGGCAUACCUAUCCAAAUGUCGGCCGUCGAGGUCCAACAAGGCCUCCAGGCCAAGGGCAUUGCAGCCCUAGAGGUGCACCGGAUGCACCGCCAAUCGCGCGCUUCACAACUGGGCCUCCAAUAUGAGAUGGUCCUGGUUAUAUUAGCCACCCCCGAUGACGUGAAAGCUCUUUAUGAGAUUCGCGAUAUCUCGGGCCUCGGCGGCUUCACGGUCGAGACCCCUCACUAG